AUGAGAAAUUACCAAAUGAUAUCUGUUUUUGCAAAAGUUAAUUCUGCAAUUUAGCAGACAAUACGGGUAUGCGUGUCUCUAUGAGGUAUCUGCCGUUUCAAUACCAAUCUACAUGCCAUCACCGUCUUUGGCUGGACUCGUCCCUCGGUGUCUGGACGUCUUGUCUCUGACGGCUAGUGGGAAAACUGAUGCCGCAUACCUACCACACCCUUUCCGUGGCUUUUGGUUCCAACUUUCUCAUCCUAAUGCGGCACUGCGGCCACGCCCUUGUCCUUCAGUCUUGGCUUCCUUCGAACGAGUCGACACCUCGACAGGCUUCUUCCUAGGCCUGCUUGCCGCCACCCUCGGUAUCUUCUUGUCUUGUUUUGAGUUUGAUUGGCUCCCCCGCAGCAAAAGGACAGCAGCAUCGGGGGUGGUCCCCCCCAUCCCAGGGCGGGGGAGAUAUGGGGACGUGUAUCUGCUAAGGCUCUUUUCGUCUGUGUUUUUUUCUGGGGAACAUGGGGAAAAGGAACGCCGGUGGUUUGGAUGGCUUCAUGGCCUUGUCUGGUCUUGGGUUCUUGGGUCGUUGGAUCCACCGUCCUGGGUGCUUUCGUGUAUGUCUUGUCUUACGGACCAGGGGGGCGGGGGUGGGAGAAAGAAGGGGGUUGUAGUCGUCGUCGACUUGCUGUCUUUUCGCGGGGAACUGGGGCUGGACCCGAACGGAUACAAAAAGGCUGUGUGCGUAUCGUUAUCGAAUCGUCGUGUCAUCCGAUGCUACUCUCAGGAUCUUUGUGUUUCUCGAGUAGAUAACCUCCACAGUUUCCCCUCCUGACUUUGGGUUGUUUGUUCCACAUCUUUAUUCGAACGGCAUUCCUCAGUCCUGCGUCGGCGUUGAUUAGCAGGCCCAGAUCUCUUCCUCGACUGGACCCCUCCCUUGGUCAAACUC